UAUUGUUGUUUGAAAUUAAACGUAUCUUCCAUGGAACGUUAAAAGUACAAUACAUGUAAAAAAAUCUCUUUAACUUUUAGCUUUUAACAUUUAUAGAAACAUAAUUAAGUGAACAGUUCAUUUGAAAAAUGAUGAAGCUAUGGCUACAACUACUGUUGGAAUGGAUAAAUAUCCUGAAUUUGUAUAUGAUAUGGAAGCAUUGGAGGAGAUGGAUCAUAUAGAUAUUACAUCCUUACUUUUAUUACAUAUAUGCCAAUACGAACCUACUUUUUAUGAAUCGAUGUGUAACAAAUUACAAUAUGAAAUUCAAAUUCAAAUUAAAAUGUUCUUAGAAAUGGUCAUUCCUUAUGGGAAAGAAAUAAAUAAACAGUCUUUGAGAGCUGCAAUAUCUGAAUUGGAAAACGGAGCACCAAAAACACCAGUAACACCAAGAACACCAAAAACAGAAUUUUUGAAAGAUUUUUUGAAUACUCCUGCUACUACACGAUCUGCUCAGAGUCAUAGAUUAUUAUACCAACGAAAUCGUGAACUAAAAAAGUUAAUAAACGAAUUAGAAGUUGAACGAUUUGAAAAAGCAGAUUUACAAGAGGAUUUACAAAUACAACAAAAUAAAAUAGAAAAUUUACAAAAACGGUUAGAGGAAAAGACAGCCCAAUUGAAAGCAAUACGAGAUGAAAGAUUACCGCAGACCCCACAAUCUUGUAAGAAAAGCAAAAAUACAGUAGAUUGUGAACAAUAUUAUAAAAACGAAGUAGAUCAUUUGGAAAAUGAGCUACUAAAGAAACAGGAUGAAAUAGAUAAGUUAGAAACAGAGAAUUUUAGCUUGUCUAAAAAAUUAGCAGGAAUAGAAAAAGAAUGUAAAUGUUUUAAACAAAAAUUAGUCAUAUGUGAAACGUCAUUAGAAAAUAUGCAAAUUGAAAGAGAAAUUAAAGAUAGAGAACUGUCGUGUCUUAAAACUUCUAAUGAAGAAUUACAUGCUCUUUUGAAAGACCUUAAUAGACGAGAUGAUAAGGAACAGAGCUUUGAAAUUGAUGGUGUAGGACUCUUAAAUUUAUCUACUCCAUUUCUAAACACCAGCGAAGCACUUAGUACAGUGGUUGAAAUACAACUACAAGAAGCAAAAGAAGAAUCUGCUUUGUUGAAAAGCCAAAUUGAUGUUUUAAAUCAAAAAUUACAAGAGAAAACAAUACAGUUACAAGAUACAGAAUUUAAGCUAGAUACCACCAUGAAAAAAUUCACUGAACAGAUCAAAUCUCUACAAACAGAAAACACGUUAAUAAAUCAGAAGAAUCAAAGUUUGGAAUCAAUAUGCACUUUUCAAGAAAAUUCAUUGCUCCUAAUUGAGGAAGCAAAAAAUAGUCUAAACGUCGUAGUAGGUACUUCGAAAGAAAAAGUAAAAGAUUUGGAAGACCUUCUGAAGAACGAAAAUAUAAAUAAUAAGAAAUUAAAUCUUGAAAUAUGUUUACACAGUUUUAAUGAAAAAGCUACUUCUCAACAAAUGGAACUUGAAUCUUUAAAUAAUGAAAUGGAAGAAAUUAAAUCAAAGGUAGAACUGUAUCAAUUACAAAUAUGCAAAUUAGAAGAAAAAGAUAAACAAAAUAUAUUAUAAAUGAAAAACUUAAAUUAUUGAAAGUCAAAGAUGAAAAAAUUGCUAAUUUAAUUAAAGAAAUCAGUUCUUUAAAAUUAAAAGAAGAACAAAUUAUUCAUCUGCAGAAGGAAGAAGAAUUCAAAUUAAAGAAUUUCAUCAAGGAAUUGGAAAUAAGAGUGUCAGAGAAGCAACGCGAUUCAGACGAAUUAAAAAUUCAGAUAAAACUAACACAAGAGACAUUGGAGCUUGCAGAGAAUAAAUUUGAAAAAUUAUCAAAAGAAACAGCUGAUUCUGAAGCGAAAAUGAAAGAAAUAAUUAUGAACCUUCAAGAAGUAAGAACUACUCAAGAUGCAGUUUUAAGUACUCAGGAAAAAGCUCUAAAGGAAAGAGAUUUACAGAUGGAUAAACUUCAGAAAGAGUUUAAUGAAUCGAAAGGUAUGUUAAAUAUGCAAUUGGAGAACGAAAAAUCAUUAUGUCAAAGUUUGCAAAGUAAAAAUUCCGAAUUACAAAUCCAGUUGUAUAAGCAGAUCAAAACCACAGAAGAAUUACAAGAAACAUUAAAGAGAGAAAAGGAGGAACAUGAAAGAAGUAAAGAAUAUUGUAAAGUUGUUGAUGUAAGAAAAUCAAAAAUUGUACAAAUUUGUAACGAAUUAGAGCAUUCAGUUGCAGAUUUGAAAUUGGUAAUCGCAAAAACAAGUCCAACAAAAGAAAACUUCUAUUCGGAGAUUUACGACGCGUCUCCUUUAAAUAGUGGUGAUGAUACAGUUGAUAAUAUUUUAAAUAUUGUAAAAACAUCUAUUAAUGAAAUGGACGCAUCACACAAAUUGAUUUUCUAUCUAUCUAAUGUAAAUACAAGUUUAAAUAAAAUCGUGGAAAAUCAAAAACUCAAACUCGAGGAUUACUCUAAACAAUCUGAAGAAAUCAAAUCAUUGAAGAAUGAGGUAUAUAAAUUGAAGAGUACAGAAGAAAAACAUGUGAAGUAUAUAUUAAAUCUAAUCAAUUACAAGGAAUCGUUACGAGAUUCGUUACAGAGUAUUAUCGAAUUCAGAACAAAUUUAGAUUCAUCUUUGGAUGAACUGAAACAGAAAUGGGAUAAAUUAAUAACAAAAUCUUAUAACGUCUUUACGAUUGACAAAUCGGCUUGUGACGAAUUGAAAAGUAUACAAGCAAAAAAGUCAUACCUUGAAAGUAUUUUAUCUAAAUAUAACACUUAUCAUCUGCAAAAUAUAAUGACUAUCGACGCUAUUCUAUGGGAAAAUUUCCUGUGGACAGAAGAUGCAUUGAAAAAUACAUAUUUAAAUGUAACAGGAAAUGAAGUCAUUCCUGAUAUUCCUACAAAUACUUUCUUAAACGAGAAAACAGUCAUUGAAGCUGAGUUACAGAAAUGUGUAACUUUAGAAAAGGAUAUUGCUGAAACUAAGAAAGAAAUAGAUGAUUUUUCUAAAACAAUUCUUACAUUGGAAGAUGAUUUUAAAUUUGAUGAAACUAAAUUUCAGUCUAAGGUGGAAAAGGAAUUGCGAUCUAAAAUUAAUGAAAUGAUAGAAGCGAGGAAUAACGUUGGAAGUAAACUAAAUUGUGCACAAAUGAAAAAUGCAAAAUUGGAAGGCCAUAUUGAAGAACUCCGAAAAACCCUGGAAGAAUUAAAAGCUGCUACAUCAACACAAAUGGAAAUUUUGAGGAAAGAAAGUAUCCAACUAAAAGAAGACAACUUAAAGCUACAAGAAGAAAACACUGAAUUGAGGAAGAGGCCGAAGAAAGAAGACAUUGAUGAACAGAUAAGAGACAUUCAUGAAAAAUAUAAAAUUAAAUUAGAUGAAAUUAAGCAAAAUAUGAAAACAGCAUAUCAUGAACGAAUAUCUCAGUUGAACAAAGAACAAGAACAAUGUGUACAGGAAAAAUUGGAAUCAUUACAAAAGAAAAUGGAAACACAAUGUCGUAAACAAGCAGACGAAUUGAACAAAUAUAAAGCACACGCUGCAGGCCUGAGUUCACAGAUUUGGAAUCUGGGAGAAAAACUCUUAAGUGAAAGACAAGAGAACAAAAAGUUACAGAAGGAGUUGAACGAUCUAAAAGAUCAACAAAUGUUUCCAUCGAUUGAGUACAAAACUUCGAAUUUCGAGAAAAAAACUUUACUAUCAGGAGAAAAGAAAGAAGAGAUUUUACACAAAGUUUCAGUGAUACAAGAAAAUACAGCAUACGAAAGAAGAUGUAGCAUUAGAAGUAUACAAGCAUUGGGUAAUGCAUUCAAUGCAGAAGACGAAGAAGGAGAAGUUUUUGAUAAUAUUUAUUUAGCUGACAUGAAAAAUGGCCAUACUUCAGUCAUCUCCGACACUGAUCGGUUAACUAUUCUGAAAAAAAGAAAUGCUCUUUGCAAACCACAUUUGAAAUCAUCUUAUCCGGCCGAAACACAAUGUAAUUCUCUACCGUUUACGGAAGAAGAAAUCAAAUCAGGCUCAGUACCGGAUGAUAUAUUUAAUGAUAGUUUAAGUCAGAGUCUACUGCCUGAACAGAAAGCAAGAAAAAGAGACAGAACUCAGACAUCGUAUAAAAAGCCGGGCCCCCCAACACCUAGUAGGAAUGGCGGAAGAUUGUCACUACAAGGUAAUGAACUAAAGAGUCCAAAUUCAAGAAUACUAAAGGAGAGAAAUAAAGAAAGAGCAACAACUACACCACGCACAUUGAAGGGUCUAUUCCUUUCAAGACGACAAGAUGAAAAUACAGCAGUUACACCACGAAAUCGUAGAAGCAGUAUUUUCCGCAAAUAUCGUGGUACAACCGAUAGAUGAAGACUAUCACGUAUAUAGCAGGAAGUAUUAAUUAACAUCGGUAUUUUACAAUUGUAAAAUGGAAAAUCUAUUUUUUCUUCUAUAUUUCCCAUCGAUUUAAGAAUUGUACAAAAGAAUAUAGUAUUAUAAUCGUAACAGUUGACUGUUCAAAUAUGAAAAAAGGAAAGUCUUUGUCACUCAUACAUUAUAGUCAUUUAUUUAGAUAAUUAAACAGUUUUAUAAUAACGGUAGUAUUUGAAGAUUUUGACAUUAUAAAAACGCUGAUGUUAUGAAACAAAUAGUAAGUCAUACCUAUUACGAUAUUGACUGAAAAGUAUGUGUAAUUUUAAAUAACAAGUACGUGUAAUUUGUAUGUAAAUGAUUUAAAAACACUUAUUGUAACUUAUCAACUUAAAGGAGAACUCAAUGAUCAGUAAAGUUUUCUGCGUUGCAUGUACACCUGACUGAAUACGUUCUAUGUAUUGUACAAUUUAAAACCUAUUCAAUCUGAUACAUACAUUAAAAAUGUAUCACAAAUCGCAUCCUUCUAAAAUUCGGCCGUCUUGGAUACAAUGAAAGUUUCCUAAUCUCUCUUAUUAUUCAGAAUCUGAUUCCUAUAAAAAAGAUAUAUCAUUAAUUUUACAGGUAAUUAUGGUUUGAAUCUCUAGCUGUUUUUAUUUCAAAAUAUAAACCUUUGGGAACAGUUUUGUAUAA